AUGCUCGCCCGACAACCUCCGUUUUCCCCUGUCAUUGCACUAACUUCCCACAGGUCUCUUCCCUUGCCUGUUGCGCAAAGGCACCCUACGCUGGAUCUAGGCAAUGCCGAAACGAUCCUCCGCUUAUCCUCGCUGGAACACCAUGCUGCCACCCAGUCUGCCAAGAUCAGGCCUCCUAAAACCGGGGGGACAGAGGAUGCCACCCAGUCUGCCAAGCUCAGGCCUCCUAAAACGGGGGGGACAGAGGAUGCCACCGAGGAUGAUCCAAAGGUUAACUUGGAGGCGAGGGAACUUUGGACACAAUUCCACAAAUUCGGCACUGAAAUGGUCAUAACAAAAUCAGGAAGGCGCAUGUUUCCAGCGUUCAAAGCCAGAUGUACUGGCUUGAACAAAAUGGCAAAAUAUAUUUUGCUGAUGGAUAUUGUGGCGGCCGACGAGUGCAGGUACAAGUUUCACAACUCACAUUGGAUGGUAGCAGGAAAGGCAGAUCCUGAAAUGCCAAAGAGGAUGUACAUACACCCAGACAGUCCCGCUUCUGGCGAGCAAUGGAUGUCAAAAGUGGUCAAUUUUCACAAACUAAAAUUGACAAACAACAUCUUGGACAAGCAUGGGUUUACGAUUCUUAACUCAAUGCACAAAUACCAGGUUAGGUUUCACGUUGUGAGGACCAACGAUAUCCUACAACUGCCAUACAGCACGUUCAUGACCUAUGUAUUUUCUGAGACAGAAUUCAUCGCUGUAACUGCAUAUCAAAACGAUAAGAUUACACAACUGAAAAUUGAUAACAAUCCUUUCGCCAAAGGAUUCCGUGACACUGGCAAUGGGAGAAGAGAAAAAAGUGCAAGCGAAAGCAGUCAAGAAAGCAAGGAUGGGCAUUACGUUGGACAAGACUUGCGAAAAAUCUCAACUGCCACAGAUAAACUGAAACCUGGUCCAAAUAUUAUCACAGCGCACUGCAAAACGGACAGGGCUUUAGUGGACUCAUUCGGUGCCGAAACAGACCCAGAUACUUCAAAACAGGACCAUAUAAAUGCCAUAACUGGCGGUAGGACACGUUGCUUUAGAGCAGAGGAGCCGAAUGCAACGGAGUCAUUCCAGCCUCUAACGGUGGAAACGGACCAAAGAGCUCACAUCACAGGCCUAGAAUGCAAUAAUUUUCUUCACUGCUAUUCUUAUCCACCGGAUUUAACAAGAUAUAUCAUCAACCCUUUGGGUGUCGCACACCGUCUCCUACACCCCGCUGCCCAAGUCAACAUGCAGGGGAGAACUUUCUCCAGUGUAGAAGCCAUGGGUCACAGGCUGGCAGCUGUGUCAUCUGGCGGAGUGUGCGCCAUGGGCACGGCUGGUAUCCUGGCAUCUUCUUUACAAAGAUUGCCAGGAACGUCAGGAUUACCCGUGAACUUUCAGCAGCAUGCUAUGGCAUCACAGGGCCUCACCGUUUCUCCAAUUGGUGGUAUUUUUCCCUACCCCUACUCCUAUUUGGCAGCAGCGGCUCCUCAGUCCACCACAGCAUCGACCCCAGUGCGCCUUCGAACCCGGUUCAGACCCUACUCCAUUCCCAAUAGCGUACCAGACAACUGUUCGACACCACUGAAAUCUAUUCAUUUUAUGACUGAUAGAGACGUGAAUUGUUACAUUUUUGGAAAGGGUCCGAUUGCUGCCAGAUUGGACUGUAGGCCUACAUCAGAGGUCAACAUCAAUUCCUUGCCACUUGGUUAUUGUGCGCCACCGGCAAAAAGCGUAUCCAGCAAGGGUGGCAUGGAUCAGCUUCAAUGUAUGUAACAGCUGGUCAGCGGCAUAGACUCCUAGACAGAGAUUUAUCUUCCUAGGAAAUACAUGUAACAAACUGAUCAAAAUUAUGAGAUUUUUCUUUAUUGCAUUUGAAUGAAGAUUGAAGUGUUUGAUAUCAAACCAAAAGGCAUUUAAAAAAGUAUCAUAAUGCAGAAUGUAUAACAUUGUUUACGUCUGUGGAAUAUGGUCGCGCUUGUGUGUUGUUACUGUAAUGUGUUUGUUGGUGGCACUGAAGUU